AUGCCGGAACCGUGGGCGCCCAAAACCAAGGGCUUCCUGCGUGACUGGGCAUCACAUCAGUGCCAUGCAACGGAGGAAGCAGCAGCCAAAGAGGCGGCAGCCAUUGAAGCGCGGCGCCAAGCCGCAGCCCUAACUAUCCAGUCCUUCUUCCGAGACUGGGCAGCAGCCAAAGAGGGGGCGGCCAAAGAAGCGCAGCGCCAGGCUGCAGCACUAACCAUCCAGUCCUCCUUCCGAGAGUGGGCAGCAGCUAAAGAGGGGGCGGCCAAAGAAGCGCAGCGCCAGACAAUCCAGUCCUCUUUCCGAGAGUGGGCAACAGCCAAAGAGGGGGCGGCCAAAGAAGCGCAGCGCCAGGCUGCAGCACUAGCCAUCCAGUCCUCCUUGCGAGAGUGGGCAGCCAAAGAGGAGGCGGCCAAAGAAGCGCAGCGACUAACCAUCCAGUCCUCCUUCCGAGAGUGGGCAGCAGCCAAAGAGGAGGCGGCCAAAGAAGCGCAGCGCCAGGCUGCAGCACGGACCAUCCAGUCCUCCUUCCGAGAGUGGGCAGCAGCCAAAGAGGCGGCGGCCAAAGGCGCGCAGCGCCAGGCUGCAGCGCGGACCAUCCAGUCCUCCUUCCGAGUCUGGCUGUCGUGGCAGGCAGCGUGCCAGGCAUCCACGAACACAGCAGAGUGCCAGGUAGGUUCGAAAGUCGGCGAGACUGUGGAGCGCAAGAUUGCUCUGGAACCUGCAGAGAACAGUCAGGCCCAUGGAGAAGUCUCAGCGCUGCAAGACGAGUGGGCAGACUGGGAUGAGAACUUCGAUGAAGAGGGCACGAUGCCGGAACCGUGGGCGCCCAAAACCAAGGGCUUCCUGCGUGACUGGGCAGCAGCCAAAGAGGGGGCGGCCAAAGAAGCGCAGCGCCAGGCUGCAGCACUAACCAUCCAGUCCUCCUUCCGAGAGUGGGCAGCAGCCAAAGAGGCGGCGGCCAAAGAAGCGCAGCGCCAGGCUGCAGCGCGGACCAUCCAGUCCUUCUUCCGAGAGUGGGCAGCAGCCAAAGAGGCGGCGUCCAAAGAAGCGCAGCGCCAGGCUGCAGCGCGGACCGUCCAGUCCUUCUUCCGAGAGUGGGCAGCAGCCAAAGAGGGGGCGGCCAAAGAAGCGCAGCGCCAGGCUGCAGCGCGGACCAUCCAGUCCUCCUUCCGAGAGUGGGCAGCAGCCAAAGAGGAGGCGGCCAAAGAAGCGCAGCGCCAGGCUGCAGCGCGGACCAUCCAGUCCUCCUUUCGAGAGUGGGCAGCAGCCAGAGAGGGGGCAGCCAAAGAAGCGCAGCGCCAGGCUGCAGCGCGGACCAUCCAGUCCUCCUUCCGAGAGUGGGCAGCAGCAAAAGAGGGGGCGGCCAAAGAAUCGCAGCGCCAGGCUGCAGCGCGGACCAUCCAGUCCUCCUUCCGAGAGUGCGCAGCAGCCAAAGAGGAGGCGGCCAAAGAAGCGCAGCGCCAGGCUGCAGCGCGGACCAUCCAGUCCUCCUUCCGAGAGUGGGCAGCAGCCAAAGAGGGGGCGGCCAAAGAAGCGCAGCGCCAGGCUGCAGCGCGGACCAUCCAGUCCUCCUUCCGAGUCUGGCUGUCGUGGCAGGCAGCGUGCCAGGCAGCCACGAAAACAGCAGAGUGCCAGGUAGGUUCGAAAGUCGGCGAGACUGCGGAGCGCAAGAUUGCUCUGGAACCUGCAGAGAACAGUCAGGGCACGAUGCCGGAACCGUGGGCGCCCAAAACCAAGGGCUUCCUGCGUGACUGGGCAUCACAUCAGUGCCAUGCAGCAACGGAGGAAGCAGCAGACAAAGAGGCGGCAGCCAAUGAAGCGCAGCGCCAAGCCGCAGCCCUAACCAUCCAGUCCUUCUUCCGAGACUGGGCAGCAGCCAAAGAGGAGGCGGCCAAAGAAGCGCAGCGCCAGGCUGCAGCGCGGACCAUCCAGUCCUCCUUCCGAGAGUGGGCAGCAGCCAAAGAGGAUGCGGCCAAAGAAGCGCAGCGCCAGGCUGCAGCACAAACCAUCCAGUCCUCCUUGCGAGAGUGGGCAGCCAAAGAGGAGGCGGCCAAAGAGGCGCAGCGCCAGGCUCCAGCACUAACCAUCCAGUCCUCCUUCCAAGAGUGCGCAGCAGCCAAAGAGGAGGCGGCCAAAGAAGCGCAGCGCCAGGCUGCAGCGCGGACCAUCCAGUCCUCCUUCCGAGAGUGGGCAGCAGCCAAAGAGGGGGCGGCCAAAGAAGCGCAGCGCCAGGCUGCAGCGCGGACCAUCCAGUCCUCCUUCCGAGUCUGGCUGUCGUGGCAGGCAGCGUGCCAGGCAGCCACGAAAACAGCAGAGUGCCAGGUAGGUUCGAAAGUCGGCGAGACUGUGGAGCGCAAGAUUGCUCUGGAACCUGCAGAGAACAGUCAGGCCCAUGAAGAAGUCUCAGCGCUGCAAGACGAGUGGGCAGACUGGGAUGAGAACUUCGAUGAAGAGGGCACGAUGCCGGAACCGUGGGCGCCCAAAACCAAGGGCUUCCUGCGUGACUGGGCAUCACAUCAGUGCCAUGCAGCAACGGAGGAAGCAGCAGCCAAAGAGGAGGCGGCCAAUGAAGCGCAGCGCCAAGCCGCAGCCCUAACCAUCCAGUCCUUCUUCCGAGACUGGGCAGCAGCCAAAGAGGAGGCGGCCAAAGAAGCGCAGCGCCAGGCUGCAGCUCGAGAGUGGGCAGCAGCCAAAGAGGAGGCGGCCAAAGAAGCGCAGCGCCAGGCUGCAGCACUAACCAUCCAGUCCUCCUUGCGAGAGUGGGCAGCCAAAGAGGAGGCGGCCAAAGAAGCGCAGCGCCAGGCUGCAGCGCGGACCAUCCAGUCCUCCUUUCGAGAGUGGGCAGCAGCCAACGAGGGGGCGGCCAAAGAAGCGCAGGGCCAGGCUGCAGCGCGGACCAUCCAGUCCUCCUUCCGAGGCUGGGUGUCGUGGCAGGCAGCGUGCCAGGCAGCCACGAAAACAGCAGCGUGCCAGGCAGCCACGAACACAGCAGAGUGCCAGGUAGGUUGGAAGGUCGGCGAGACUGUGGAGCGCAAGAUUGCUCUGGAACCUGCAGAGAACAGUCAGGCCCAUGGAGAAGUCUCAGCGCUGCAAGACGAGUGGGCAGACUGGGAUGAGAACUUCGAUGAAGAGGGCACGAUGCCGGAACCGUGGGCGCCCAAAACCAAGGGCUUCCUGCGUGACUGGGCAUCACAUCAGUGCCAUGCAGCAACGGAAGCAGACAAAGAAGCGCAGCGCUGCCUUGAUGUAGCGCUUGCCAUUCAGGCGUUGUUCGGGGACACGGCGUCAUGGCAGGCGCAGUGCCAGGAAGUUGCGGAAGCAGCCCAGCGUCGCGUCAAUGCAGCGCUGACCAUCCAGGCAUUCUUCCGCAACUGGGCAGUAGCAGCAGCAGCCAACAAGGCAGCAGGCAAAGAUGCCCAGCGUCGCGUGGAUGCAGCGCUGACCAUCCAGGCAUUUUUCCGCAACUGGGCAGCAGCAGCAGCCAACAAGGCAGCAGCAGGCAAAGGAGCCCAGCGUCGCGCGGAUGCAGCGCUAGCUAUCCAGACAUUCUUCCGCAACUGGGCAAAAGCAGCAGCAGCACGCAAAGAGGCCCAGCGUCGCGUGGAUGCAGCGCUGACUAUCCAGACAUUCUUCCGCAACUGGGCAGUAGCAGCAGCGGCCAACAAGGCAGCAGCAGGCAAAGAGGCCCAGCGUCCCGUGGAUGCAGCGCUGACUAUCCAGACACUCUUCCGCAACUGGGAAAAAGCAGCAGCAGGCAAAGAGGCCCAGCGUUGCGCGGAUGCAGCGCUGACCAUCCAGACAUUCUUCCGCAACUGGGCAAUGGCAGCAGCAGGCAAAGAGGCCCAGCGUCGCGUGGAUGCAGCGCUGACCAUCCAGGCAUUCUUCCGCAACUGGGCCAUGGCAGCAGCAGGCAAAGAGGCCCAGCGUCGCGUGGAUGCAGCGCUGACCAUCCAGGCAUUCUUCCGCAACUGGGCAAUUGAAGCAGCGGCCAACAAGGCAGCAGCAGGCAAAGAGGCCCAGCGUCGCGUGGAUGCAGCGCUGACCAUCCAGGCAUUCUUCCGCAACUGGGCAAAAGCAGCAGCAGGCAAAGAGGCCCAGCGUCGCGUGGAUGCAGCGCUGACCAUCCAGGCAUUCUUCCGCAACUGGGCAAUAGAGGCAGCAGGCAAAGAGGCCCUGCGUCGCGUGGAUGCAGCGCUGACCAUCCAGGCAUUCUUCCGUGACAGAGCAUUAUGCCAGGCAAAGUGCAAGGCAGCCACGGCAGAUGCAGCGCGCCAGACAAGUUUAGCUGCUACAAAAGUCGGCGAGACUGUGGAGCGCAAGAUUGUUCCGGAACCUGCAGAGAACAGUCAGGAUGAGUACGCGGAUUGGGAUGAGGAGUAUGACGAGGCCAGGCGACGCGAUGCCCGAACCGUGGGCACCCAGUACCAAGGUUACCGGGCCAUCCACUUUGCCAGAAGGCGCGGGAUGUCGGUUCUAUGGCGCCUGGAUGCUGGCAGGUUUCUUGAGGACUUCUUCAAAGGGCCGGGCGGCUUGGCCUUUGAAACGCCAAGGCUGAAGCCAAAGCAUUUACACAAGGUCAGGGAGUUGCAGGAGAAACAGCGAGAGCUUGAAGCCGCCAAGAGGGCGCAGGAGAAGUCUUUGCUGGAGGAGCAGAAGCGCCUGGAGGAGUUGCAGCAGGAGCAAGAAAAGGUGAAAGCUGAGCAUGAGGCGCGCGCAGCUGAGCUGAGGGAGCUCGCGGAGCAGCGGGACGGGCUGGAGGAGCAGGUGCAGGCGGCCAAACGGGAGGCGGAGCAGCUCAAGGAGCUGCUGCCCGCCCCGGAGCUGCCCGAGGACACCAAGCGAGCUGAGCUGCAGCAGCUGGAGCAAGAGGCCAAGGAACUCGCGGCGCUGCUGGACGAGCUGGAGGGUGAGAAGAGCAGUGCGCAGGCAGAGCGCGAGCAGCUGGAGUCAGAGCUGCAAGAAGCUUUGGCGGCAGACGACUGGAAGGAGGAUGAAGAGCGCGGCAAGGGGGAAGAGAAGGUUGAGGAGGAAACGGACGAUAAGGAGAAGGAACGCAAGGAAGAGAAGGCAGGCGAACAUGAGAGGAGCGCGAAGGAGGAGGGAGAUAAGGAGUGGGACGAGAUGCACGAGAUGGGUGAAAGGUCGGAGGGGGCCAAACAAGAAUGGGAAGGUCCGCAUGAGCAGAGGGCGAAGAUUGAGGCGGACCACGAGGUGCUGACGGCAGAGGAAACACCGUUGCAAGACGCACAGCGCAGCGAUUCGAAGAGGUCCAAGACCGGCGGGAUGAGCCGCGGGAUGAGCCGCGGGAUGAGCCGCGGGAUGAGCCGCGGGCAGAGCGCUUCCAGUCUCGCACGGAGCGUGUCCAAGGGCGACAACUGGCACCCUGCCAUCCAGGAGCACAAUGUACAGAUGUUGCGGAAGAAGAUCGCGGAGUUGGAGGACAAAGAGAGUCACCUCCAUGAUGAGGUGGAGGCGGCGCGGGCGCGGCGCGACGACCUUGGCGUCGGGCUGGCAGCCUACGCGGAGUCGGGACCCGGGCGAGUCUCGGAGCCUCUGCAGCGGGGCGUGCGCUUGGGCUCGCUCUUGGAGUUCUUUGUGGACAACUGUGGCGAGGUGAGCUUCGAGGUGUCCUGCUUCUGCAGCGAGGACGACUGGCGGAAGCCCCUCUGCACGGCUACGAAGCUGACGAGGCAGUGCCACCAGGUGAACCACCAGAACCGCUUCGACAUCGCCAAAAAGCGUCGCCGACCACUGAGUCCGAGCGUCUUCGCCGUGGAAAAGCUGUAUAUCAGGCCCACGACGGAGGCCCGGCGCUGCAGCAUGGCGGAGGUCUGGAACGAGGGCGAACUCGUGCCAGCAGAGCACUUCGUGAGCCACGCCUGGACGGAGGACUUCGGGGACUUGGUGCAGGGCCUCACGCGCUUCGCGGUGAGCCUUGUAUUCCAGGAGGCGCCCGCGUUACCACAGGACAAGGCGGCGGCCUCUGCCCGGCAGUGCAGCUUCUUCAUCCACGCGUUUUCCGAUUCGAUGUGGUCCGACCCAGACCCAAGCUUGGAGGAGCUGAGACUGAAAAGCUUGCACCGAAGAAUGUUGGAAGGAAGGCAUUCAUUCCACAAGACCGGUGCCACCAGUGCCACAAAGCGACUCGCCAUGGCAAGCGACCUGGUGCCGUGCUGUCAGGACACGGCAGUCUACCAGGUACUUGUUUCUCCGAGCAUCAAAACGGUGCUCCUGAGCGUGGGCCAAGACGGCUCUGCUCUGCUGCGGGCCUGGUGCAACGUGGAACUGCGCCUGGCCAAGGAGUUUGGACAGAAGAUUGUGCUGAAUACCAAGCUUGGUCCGCUGCAGGACCAAUCUGGUCCUUCGCUUACUGCCAGCAUCCAGCAGUUCGCAACCAUCCUGCUGAAGGUGGUCCUGCCAGAGAUGGACGUGCAGCAGGCUCCAGUCUUCAAGGAUGUCGAGAAGCUUGUCCUUCUGAAGUAUUUGGAGGAGUGCGGAGCCGGCAUGAAGCCGUGCCUGGCAGAGGUCUGCAGUCAAUGUCUUGCCAUCCUGGUUCAGAAUGCAGACCCGGACCUGGUGAGCGCCGCCUUGGAGCAAGGCGCGGAGCCCGACCGCAUGGACGGCUUCGGAGUGCACCCCUUGACCUAUGCUGUCGCAGCAGGUGGAGAGGAUGGCGAGGUGGCUCAGUUAUUGCGGUCCUCCGGAGCUAGCACAAGCGCUGCGCUUGGUGCCAAGCACGUGCUGGCACUCUUCAGCAAUGAGGACGAGAAACGUGUGCAGGGUGUCUUGGAGCUGCAGAAGUGCGGGGAAGUGGCGCGCGAGGUGCACGCAGCAGCCGUGGAGUCUGCAAAGCGCGAGUACGCCCGGCGACUGGUGGACACUCGCUGGGAGGAGCUCCAGAGUGACUCCGACCAAGUCCGCUUGUCGGUGCUCGCGGCCAUCGCGGGCAUCGGCAGCUUGGCGGCGCCCUUGGCGCACGACAUCGCGCCCCUUCUGGCAGAUCCCAAUGUCAAGAUCGUAGAUGCGGCCAGCAAGGUGGUGGUCAACUUUGGAUCUAUCGAGGACUUCUUGACCGAUCCGAACCCGUUGACGCGAGCGGCUGUGCACAAGCACGUGGUGCGCGCACGGGGCCGUGAAGCUUCAGUUGAGCUGGCCAAGCAUUUUGUGGCCGCAAUGAGCGACGAGGAUUUCCGGGUGCGACACGCAGGCUCCCAGGCCUUGCUGGAGCUAGGGGACCUGGCAGCGCCUUACGUGGGGGAUUUGGCCAAAGCGCUAAAAGACGACGACUGGUAUGUGCGUUGCAACGCAAUGCAGGCACUCGGCAAAGUCGGAGAGGCUGCAUUGCCCUUUGUGGGCAACGUGGCCGCCUGCCUUGGCGACAAAGUGCCCGAGGUGAGGCGGCAGGCCAAGGAGGCCAGAGCCGAGCCGAUGCGCGGAUGUCCCUUGUAA